GUUUGUUCUAUUUCGCUGCACUGGGACUGAACUGGCACUGAACUGGAACAGUGGUAGGACAAGCUAGUACAGGCUAGUACAGUCGAGUUCAUCCAGUACAGGACAAGGUAAAAGAACGCAACAGUGCAGUUGUUUACAAACAUGGCGCAUCACUUUGUCAGAAACAUUGCAAAUUUAGAAUUAAUGGAGUCAUCUGAUGAAGAAGACUUUUUUUAAAUACCACUUCCAUUAGAACCAAUCCUAGACGAAAAUGAUAAUGAUCAUAAUAAUGAAUUACAAGUAUUUCACCCAAUUUUUGGAGUGUUGCAAAGAAUACAGCAUGUAAAAAUAAAUAACUACAUUAAAAAUAUUGUUAGAAAUUAUGACAAUAUAGAUUUCAUCAUGCAUUUUAGAUUAUCAAGAGAAGUGACGUAUAGAUUAAUAAAUCAAUUCAGUGAAUCCGAAAUAUUUACUUCCCUACAAGACGAAGUAGGACGUCAAAAGAUAAUUGCAGAGAAACAUAUUCUUUGUUAUCUUUGGUUUGUAGGACAUCACAGCGCAUCCUAUCGUGAUGUUGCUGAUAGAUUUGGCAUAACAUUAAGUGCUUUGUACAAUAUAAUUACAAGAGUAACAGAUUUUAUUCUAACUUUAGCAAAUAAUAUAAUUCGAUAUCCAAAUGCAGCUGAAAAAGCAGAAACUGCUAUUUUUUAUCAAAAUGCAAAAGGAUUUCCUAAUAUUAUUGGUUCAGUAGAUGGAACACAUAUUAGAAUAGAUCGACCUGCUGAAGAUUCUGAUUCUUAUAUAAAUCGAAAACAAUUUUUUUCUAUACAUCUUCAAGGGACAGUUGAUCAUAAAAUGAAAUUUAUAGAUGUAUUUAUUGGUUACCCAGGAUCAGUUCAUGAUGUCAGAGUAUUUCGUAAUUCGUCAUUAUAUCAUGAUCUUCGUGAAUUAUGUUCAGAUAAUUAUUAUUUACUGGGGGAUAGUGCGUAUCCUUGUUUAAGAGGAUUAAUGGUACCUUAUAGAGACAAUGGCCAUUCAACUUGUGGCCAACGAAUUUUUAACAGAAAAUUAAGUUCUUGCCGUGUUACAAUAAAAAAUGCUUUUGGAUGUUUGAAGCAGCGAUUUAGACAACUAUAUCAUCUCAAAUUAAGAGACAUUACUAGAAUAGUAUGUGUGAUACACGCAUGUUGCGUACUUCACAAUAUGGCAAGUGCAAGAGAUUUGCAAUUCUUUGAACCGCCUAUUGAUAAUGAGUAUCCUGAUGUAGAAGUACGCAAUAUUGAAGAAAAUGAAGUAUACAGAGAAUAUGAAAGUGGAGUGCAAAUUCGUAAUGAAAUAUGUCGGUUUAGAGGUUAACUUAUAUACCUGCCAUGGCUGCCAUAUUGAACUGUACUGUUGUACUACCUCGAGACCUAGGGCAAGCAGUGCAGUGAACUGAGUACACCGAGCACCGCUGCACUGCUAAAAAGAACAGCGUGCAUAAUGUCACUUCCGUGAAAAAGAACGCUUGAGUGUACACUACGGGUGCGUUCCACUUAAAGCUCGCAACGACCGUGGAAUCAUUUCAUCCUUGUUGGUUAUCAAAUAUUAAACAAGGAUAAGCAACGCUCGCAAGCGUUGCGGGCAUUAAGUGGAACGCACCCUACUUGUACCAGUACAACCAGUUCACCGAAAAAGAACAAGCCUCAUGUGUAACAAAGGAUUUUGAGAGCCGUGUCAGGGGGCUGAUACCAAGACUUAAAAAAUAUAAAAUUUAACACUAUA